AUGCUAUUGGAGGAGCAAUUACGGGAGUAGGAUAUUUUUUAGCAUAUCAACAAUACACAAUAUUUAAUAUAUAUGAAAAUAAACAAAUAAUAGGGUUAAGCGUUUAUUAUAUAUUAGCUUAUAUUGUUAAUUAAAUAAAACUUGGUUUUGAAUAAAGUGAAGGAGUUAAUUUUAUAUAAGAAUUCGAUUAUUAAUAAUAUAAUUUUUAUUCACUUAUUUUUACUUUUUCUUUAUUUUUUAUUUUCUUUUCUUACGAAGUAUUUAUUGGAUUUUUUUUAGCUUUUGGAAUUUUUAUUUCUUAAAGCUUUAAAAAAGAUUAAUUAUUUAAUAUAAGUUUUUUGA